AUGGCCAAAUGUGAACCCUGUGAAAGAAAUUAUGACAAUAUGGUAAAAAUGCUUGAGGAUCUGAAUAGGGAUUUAGAAAAACUGCUGGAAGAUAUGGAAAAACUAUCAGUGCAGGCUACGUGGAUGGCUUAUGAUAUGGUUGUGGUGCGUGCUAACCCAGACUUGGCCAACUCAAUGAGACGUCUGGAAGAUUCCUUUCUCACCUGUAAGGAGGAAAUGGAGAAAAACUGGCAAGAAAUGUUGAAGGAAACUAAAGGUGUUGAACAAAAACAAGAAUAAAUGGCUUUUAAAUUUCUGGUGGAAAUGCAGGCCUUUGAAGGGUUGAUCUUGAUGAAUUAUUUUGCUCACUUUUCAUUUCGAAAAUACAUCCUAAAAGCAUGUGUCUGAUGUGCCUCUAUUCCAAAUGUUCUAUUGGAAUGAAAAGGUAAUGGUGCUUUCAUUUGUCCAUUAACUGACUUCCUUGUAUUUUCACCUGUGAUAGUAUGAUUCUCUGAAAAUACAAUCUUGUUAGAUUUUGGUUUGUUUAUUGUCCUGUAAAAAUAAAGCCGCUGGGAGUGGAAGAAGAUGAGAAAGUGCAUCUGCAUCUGAAGAGAUUGAUGGCUUGAGCUCCCUCUGCAUUUUUAUAUAGAAAGUAAGCUUUUUGAGUUCAACAGAGCUUGCUUCCUAACAUAGCAUUAUAGCCCUAAUUCACAAAUGAGGAAAAUAAGAAUAACUCCUGCUUGCCCACCGGAUGGCACUCAUGCACAAAUCAGCUUUAGGAAAGCAAGUCCCCAACUUCCAAUCAGCAGAUCUAGCUGUAUGUAAACACUAAAGCUGCAAUCCUAUAUCCACUUAUGCAUAUCGUGCAGCCAGUAAGCUCCACUGAAUUCAAUUGGAGUUAUUACU